UCAUUGUUACCGCUCUGGUCUUUUCAUCUCUCACUCUCUCUCUCUCAGAAUUUCAGAAACCAUUCUUCGUUCCGUAAUGUUCUUGUGAUUUUGAGUAAAAAUGGCGGUGAAGGGUAAAGAAAUUGCUGGUAAAGCUUCAACAUCAUCAUCAAAGGGUAAAAAACUAGCAACAAAAACAACUGUUAAGAAAACCAAUACUGGUGCUAGUAGUAGUAAUGACCGGAAAAGGAAAAGAUCCGGUGUUCUUCAGUUUUUCGAUGUUACUGCUGAUGUCGACGAGGAUGAAGAAGAAGAAGAAGACGAAAGUGAUGAUGAUAAUUUAAUGCCUGAUAUGAUGGAUAUCAGUGAUAUCUGCGGAAAAGGGAAAGGCGUUUUUGGAAAAGCACCACAAUAUCCAGUUAUCCCGAAAGAAGAAGAAUUGAGUGAUGACGAAAUUGAAAAGUUAAUCAAAGAAAGAUACAAGCCUGGUUCAAAACAUGUUAGAUAUGCUGAAGAUGAUGAUUAUGAGCCUAAACAUGAUGGCGAUUCUAUUAUUUCUAUUGUGGAUGAUGGUCCACCUAUAUAUAAAGUCAAGUGCACGAUGGGACGUGAGCGGCACUCAGCCUUCUGCCUCAUGCAGAAGUAUGCAGAUUUACUAUCUCUUGGAAAUAAGCUGCAAAUAGUGUCUGCAUUUGCUCCGGAGCAAAGCAAGGGUUUUAUUUAUAUUGAAGCUGACAGGGAAUAUGAUAUUGUCGAGGCAUGUAAAGGUCUGACCGGUAUAUAUUCAACUAGAGUUACUGUUGUCCCAAAGAAUGAGCUUGCUCAUUUGGUGUCUUUCCGAAAAAAACAAAUUGAAAUCUCCAAGGGCACUUGGGCUCGGGUGAAGCUUGGCAAUUAUAAAGGAGAUCUAGCUCAGGUUGUGUUUUUUGAUGGUGAGCGGAGAAAAGCAACAGUAAAGCUUAUCCCAAGAGUUGAUCUUACAGCAAUGGCCAAAAAACUUAAUGGUGGAGUAAAUGUCAAGCAAACUGCUGUACCAGCACCAAAGCUGAUCAGUUCAAACGAACUUGAGGACUUUCGUCCUCAUAUCGAGCUUAGGCGAGACCGUCAAACUGGGAUUGUUUGCGAGGUACUUGAUGGAUUGAUGCUCAAGGAUGGUUAUUUGUACAAAAAGAUCCCCAUUGAAUCUUUAAUCUUAUCUGGAGUAGUGCCUACUGCCAAUGAGCUCAUUAAAUUUGAGACCUCUAAGAAGGACACAGAUGAUGACCUGGAGUGGCUAACUGGCCUUUUUGGUGAAAAAGGGAAAAAACGUACUGUAGAUUGCGGGGUUGAUAAAUCAAGAACUCCGACAAAGGAUGGUAAAGGGGGUAAAACUAAAGGAUUUGAGAGCAAAUGUGGGAAAGGAUUUGACAGCAAGUCUGGGAAAGGAUUUGAGACUACUUCAGGGAAAGAAUUCGAGAGUACCUCGGGGAAAGACUUUGAAAGCACAUCAGGGAAGGACUUUGAGAGUACUUCAGGGACUAAGAAAGGGGAAGGUUUUGAACUGUAUGAUUUUGUCUUUUUUGGCCGUAAAGAUUUUGGUGUUAUCGUAGGCGUGGAAAGUGGUAGCUACAAGAUUUUGAAGGGAGAUUCUGAAGAAUCGAAAGUGGUUACUGUAAAUAUGCGUGACAUAAAGAGUGGAUGCCUGGAUAAGAAGUUCACCGGUUUAGACCAGCGCAUGAAAGCUAUAUACGUCGAUGAUACUGUCAAAGUCUUGGAAGGUCCAUUAAUGGGCAGGCAAGGUAUUGUUAGGAAAAUUUACAAAGGCAACAUAUUUGUAUAUGAUAGUGAAAACGAUCUUGAGAAUGGUGGAUACUUUUGCGCUAAGUGCCAAAUGUGUGAGAAGAUUAAGCUGUUCAAUGGCUGUCAAGAUAUCGAUGUUGAUGAUUCAGGUCCCACAGGGUUUGAGGAUUCAGCAGCAUCUCCUCAAUCUCCUCAAUCAUCUAGAUCGGCAUGGCAAGCAAGAAGGGAAAACAACCAAGAGUUCAACAACAACCGCCAAGGUAGGGAAGGAGCUUUCUCCAUUGGCCAAACUUUGAGAAUCCGAUUUGGUCCUCUUAAGGGCCACCUUUGCCGCGUGAUUGCCAUCUACCGGACUGAUGUUACAGUAAAGCUCGAUUCCCAGUUGAAGGUUAUAACAGUUAAAGCUGAACAUCUUUCUGAAGCUGGUGUGAAAAGGUUUUCUGAUUCCACAAAACCAUUGAGUGAUCUGAUGGGGGGUUCAGGAGCAGCAGAUAAUGAUGGGUGGAAUACUGGUGCCUCAGGAAGUGGCAGGAAUGGUUGGUCUGAUUCUUCCGCAUUGGCCGAUUCUACCUUUGCGAAUAUCUUUGGCAGCGAUGGUGCUGAGAAAGAUAAAGAUGAAGAUAAUCCAUGGAGUACCAAAGCAAUCCCUAAGAAUGAUGGAGGUGGCUGGGGGAGUUCAUCAUGGGGUAAAACAUCAAAUGAUGACCCGGCUGCUGAUAAACCAAGCCAAGAUGGUUGGGGUAACGCUACUGCUAACACAGCCUCUGGAAGUGGUGCUGAGAAAGAUAAAGAUGAAGAUAAUCCAUGGAGUACCAAAGCAAUCCCUAAGAAUGAUGGAGGUGGCUGGGGGAGUUCAUCAUGGGGUAAAACAUCAAAUGAGGACCCGGCUGCUGAUAAAAGUCAAGAUGGUUGGGGUAAUGCUACUGCUACUAACACAGCCUCUGGAAGUGGUAAAGAUGAAGAUGAAAAUGGAUGGGGUGCCAAGCCAGCUUCUAAGAAAGAUGAAGACAGCUGGGGGAUAUCUUCUUGGGGCAACAAACCAUCACUAGAGGAUAGAGCUGGUGACGAUAAACAAAAUGAAGUUGGUAACUGGGGAAAUAGCACAGAUGCUUGGGGUAAAGCUGCUGCAAAUACUGGCUCUGGGGCUGCUGAGACUAGUAAUUGGGGAAAACAACAGAAUGAAAGUGGCAGCCAAAAGGAUAGUUGGAGCACUAAAACAGAUUUACCAGACAUUAUUGACAAAGGCAAAGAUGUAGCUGCAACUGAGGAAGGCAACUGGGGUAAAGUAGUUGAGUCUCACAAUGCUAGUAAUACAGACGGUUGGAACACAGCAGCAGGGAAACAAACUGGGGGCUGGGGAAGUGCCUCUGGUGGUGGGUCACAGCCAAAAGGAGAAUCAGGAGAUCAAGCUGGCAGCUGGGACAAAGUGAAUGAUACUAAUGGAGGGAAGGAGAAGCAAAAGGCUGGAUUUGGUGUCUGGGGUGCAGACAAUUGGAAUAAAUCAGACACUUCGAGUGCUGCUGCGAUUUCGUCUUGGGGUAAAGGGAACUUCGCAGAUAAAGAAGGAAAUCAACAAGACAGCUGGGGUGCUGCAAAAUCUUUUGAAGGGGGUCGAGGUUCAGGUGGCUGGAGAGGUGGCAGAUGUGGAGGAAAAGAUAAUUUUGGUGGGGGAAGAUCUUCUGGUAGGGGUCAGUCUCAUGUUACAAACAAAGGUGAAGGAGAGAAGCCUUGGAAUAGCGGUGCUACUGCUUCCUCAGGUUGGAAUAAAGAUGCAGGUAGUGAUGGGGAUAAAAAGUCUAGCUGGGGUAAUCCAACUCAAGAAGCUGGAGAGAGCAAAGACAAUGCAGAUGCUUGGAACAAAGGAAGUGGUGGAGAUAACUGGGGCAGUGGAGCACCUAACUGGAGUUCGCCACCCGCAAAAUCUGCUGGAAACCAAACUUCUGGGUGGGGUAAAGGAGGAUCAGUUACAGAAGAACAAGGUGGAGGGAAUGUAACUAAACAAGGUGGAGGGAAUGUAACUAAAGAUGAUUGGAGAACAAAAAAAUUCUCUGAUGAAACUCUAGUUGUUGAUGGAAAUGCUACUGCAAAUCAGACAUCAGGUUGGGAAAGCAAAAUUGCUGAGAAAAAGUCUGGGGGUAGCCAGUCCUGGGGAGGUGGGAAUCAAGGAUCAUCUGCUAGUGAAACUAAAGACGAAGGAGACGCUUGGGCCAAGAUGAAAGGUGUUGAUGGAGGAAAUCAGGCAAGUGGUGGUUGGGGAAGUGGUGGGGGAGAUCAGCAGGGUUCUAGUUGGAAUAAAAGCAAAGGUAAUGAUGAAAGUCGACCAUCCAACUGGGAAGGGGUACUUGGUGCUCCAGAUACAGCUGGUGGUAGUUGGAGUGGAGGUAAAACCUUUGGAGGCGGUGAUAACGGAGGUGGUGGUGGUUGGAAAAGCGGUGGUGGCUGGAAGGGCAGUGACGAUGGAGGAGGUGGUGGCUGGAAGGGUGGUGACAGCGGAGGAGGUGGUGGCUGGAAGGGUGGUGACAGUGGAGGCGGUGGUGGAUGGAAGGGUGGUGACAGUGGUGGAUGGAAGGGUUGUGACAGCGGGGGCGGUGGGGAAGGUGGUGAUGGCUCUAACAGAGGACGGGGUAGAGGAUUUGGUAGGGGUGGACGCUUCUCAGGUUCUGACAGGGGUGGUGGACGAUUUGGAAAUAGAGAUGGUGCAGAUAGUGGAGGUGGACGAUUUGGAAGCAGGGAUGGUUCUGAUAGAGGUGGUGGACGUUUUGGGAAUAGAGGCGGUUCAGAUCGAGGGAGGGGAUUUGGGAACCGAGGCCGUGGAAGAGGUGAUAAUGGAGGCGGUGGUGGCUGGAAGGGAGGUGAUAAUGGAGGCGGUGGUGGCUGGAAGGGAAGUGAUAAUGGAGGCGGUGGUGGCUGGAAGGGAGGUGAUAAUGGAGGCGGUGGUGGCUGGAAAGCCGGUGACAACGGAGGCGGCGGUGACAAUGGAGGGGGUGGCGGUGGAGGCUGGAAAGCCAGUGGCAGUGGAGGCGGUGGUGGCUGGAAAGGUGGUGACAGCGGAGGCGGUGGUGGCUGGAAAGGUGGUGACAACGGAGGAGGUGGUGGUGGCUGGAAAGCCGGUGGUGGCUGGAAAGGUGGUGACAACGGAGGAGGUGGUGGUGGCUGGAAAGCCGGUGGUGACAGCGGAGGAGGUGGUGGUGGCUGGAAAGCCGGUGGUGGAGGUGGCGGUGGUGGCUGGAAAGCCGGUGGUGACAGCGGCGGUGGUGGCUGGAAAGCCGGUGGUGACAACGGAGGAGGCGGUGGUGGCUGGAAGGGUGGUGGAGGAGGUGGUGGCUGGAAAGCCGGUGGUGGAGGAGGAGGUGGAGACAACGGAGGAGGCGGUGGAGGCUGGAAAGCCGGUGGUGACAAUGGAGGUGGUGGUGGAGGCUGGAAAGCCGGUGACAAUGGAGGGGAUAAUGGCGGUGGCUGGAAGGGAGGCAACAUGAAAGGAGGGGAUAAUGGCGGUGGCUGUAAAGGAAAGGAUAAUGGCGGUGACAGUGGAGGUGGUGGUGGCUGGAAGGGCGGUGAUAAUGGAGGCGGUUGGAAAGGAGGCAACAAUAGUGGAGGCUGGAAAGGAGGGGACAAUGGCGGCGGCAGUGGUGGUGGAGGUGAUAACAAAGUUGGCGGUAGCUGGAAGGGAGGUAAUAAUGAUGGUGGUGGUGGCUGGAAGGGAGGUGAUAGUGGAGGUGGAGGAUGGGGAAGUUCUGCCACUGAUGCCAAGAAAAGUGGAAACCAAGGAGGGGGAAGUGGAGGUAGUGGUGGAUGGGGAAGUAAUGCUCCUGAUAGUAACAAGGGAAGCUGGAACAAAGGCAGUGCUGAUGGGGCAAGUGGAAGUGUUGGGAAUGGUAAUCAAGCUGGCGGAUGGAGUGGUCAGGGUGGUUCAGGAUGGAACAAGUCGUCCGGUGAUGCUGCUGGUAAAGGAUCUGAAGGUGGUGGGGGCUGGAACUAACAGAAAACUCUCUGCUUUGAAUGGGUAACCGGCAGGUACAUUAGAUUAGAUGAUCUGGGCUUCUUUUCUUUGUCUAUUUUGUUGCUAGAGUGAAACAGAUUGGUUGUACAGGAUGAAGACAUGAAGAUGGAGGUGAGGAAGAAAGAAGAAAUACCAAGGGACCACUAUUAGCUGUUGAUGUAAUUAAGCUACUUUAGCAUGUUAGAAUUUUGGAUGUAUAGGACUUCAGCACAACUAACUACUUCCCCGUGGAAACUGAACAAAGUAAGUACUAGCAUUUCUGAUGGGAAAGGAAGAAAGACAUUUCUUUUGUAUGUGGGUUGUUUUGUAAGUCUGGUGGAUGAGCAAACUUUGAUCACCCAUGUCAAAAAGAAUGAAUGAUGUGCAGUACUUCGUUCUUACGAAAGCAUUGCUAAAAUUAUGUAUUGCUUUUCUGGGGAUGAUCUUUCGGCAAAAUAAAGAAUCUUUUCAAA